CCAACCCAGGAGACCACUCUGGAACAUGCAGGGAUCCUCCUCUGACCAGUUUGGAUCUGUCUGGGCAAAAUUAUUACAUAUGUGGGGCAGGGCCCAGUUUUCUCCAAACCGAGGGAUUGCAGGUGGUGGUGGUACAUGUUGAUGGGUAUCAUGUACUUGCAGGUUGGCAGAUGCCCAUGUGCCAAUAUUGUGAAUACCCUGGGCAGCCCUUUUAUGAUGGCUUAGGUAUGCUCCCCUGGUGGCUCAUUGUGCCUGUGCUGUGCUGAAGCUGUCUGGUUCCUGCCUAGUUCAGGCCGAGCUGGGCAGUGCCAGCCUUCAGGGGCAUCUUGGCCUGUUCUCUCCAGUCUGGGUGGCCUGGUUUCCCCAGGCCAACUCAUAGAAACACUCUGGAAAUAAAGGGAGAAAGAGGAAGGAAAGGUAUGGGUGCUUGGAUGAAGGGUGGAUGGAAUCCAUUCCCUAGGGUCUCUGUAAGAGCCCAGCGUGGGAAAAUUGGUUCUGAAAGGGGAAAGUCAAUCUGUGGGAUUUGAAAGGAAAGUUUUCCUGUCUUGGGGUUGAUUCUGUGGGAGAGGGGCUCUGGGAGUCCUUCCUUUCUGAAUCUACCUUUACCCCAAAAGGUCACCUGAGUCAAAAAGGAGCCCAGGAGAAGAUACUUGCUCACCCAGGGGAUGGUUGGGGAUUGGGGAUGAAGAGGUGUGGGGAACAGUAUGGAUAUUUGGGAGACAGGAAGACUUUCAGGGAAGCGCCAUCUCUCCUUUUUCUCUUUUUUCUUUUCUCUUUUUCGUCUUUGUUUCUUGAUUCCUCCAACACUGCUAGCUGUUCCUCAUCCCCACCCCAGUACUUCUCAGCCCCCAUCUUCUUGGAAUCUAUCUCUGGGUCUUAAAACCGGUCUGGAUCCUGACACUCUAGAGUUUGGGGAGGUAGGAUGGGAUUCUUUUUAGGGGAUGUCCAUGUGCACACCCAUGUAGUCUCAGAGGUGACCAACUCAUCCCAGUUUGCCCAAGACUGUUCCAGCUUUAGCACCAUAAGUUUCUUGUUCCAGUCCCCUCAGUCCCUGGCAAACUUAGAGGCUGGUUACCUGAGUGAUCACCCUAUCACUCCAUGUUGUUUUAAUGACUGUUUGCACCACCCAGGCAGAUGCCAAAAGAGAGCAAAGGAAAUCCAGUUCUCAGGGUCAUGCCAAUGUCACCAAAACUGGGGUUGGGGUGGAGCUCUGCAUGUGGGGGGCAGGGAGUAUAGUUAGAGUGCCCAGCCUGGGCAGAGGAAGAAAGGACAUUGAGAUAGGUGGAGGUUGGGAGCAGCUUGGGAAAGGAGGCAAAGACAACCCAGUUUCUACCAGAAGGGACCUCUGGUUGACUCCAGAGCCCUGAUCCAGAAACUUUUACCCACAAACACCAACUACUGGGGCUUCUUCCUGUCCUCAUACACCCACAGAGGCUCCCUAACUUCCUCUGUUACAUAUCCCCCGCCUCACUCACCCUCUGUGGUCAGAAAGCUCUUCCUCAGCUCUGCCUUUUUGCUGUGGUUUCAACUAAUUUCUUUUCAUCACAUCCUCUGCCUGACAGCUACUGGGUCCGCUCUGCUCUGGCUUUUCUCAAAGCAGAGAAAGGGAGGGGACAUACUACUAAGAGUAAGGGACCUCAGUGAACACCAUUAUACCUUUGAAACGGAAGAAAGAAGGCUCAUGGUCAGAUUUCAGGAAAACCUUUCCAGUUAUUAACUUCUGCAGGAGAGUUCAAGAGAUUGCCCUCCUUCCGGGGGAGGCAAAGAGUGACCCUUUUGGGGGCUGUUUCCCUUUCCACAUUCUUAGUUUCCUCUGUUGGCAGGGCAAGCAUGAGGAAUCACUGCCCCCACUCCUUCAUGCCUGCUUCCUAUGCUCAGCCUCUACUCUUUUCUGUCUGUCUAGGGUUGGACUGGAAAGUUGGCUUUGGGAAGUUAGGAAAGAGAUGGUGCUAACCUCAUUGCCCAGUGCCCAGAUCUUAAAUCCAAACUAAUGGGGUAGGGUAGCCACAUGGGCAAUCAUGAGGCAAGUGGAUGUGGGAAGGGGAAGAAAUUGGCAUUCUAUGGAAGGGAUUUUGGCUUCUACCAAAGGGAAAGGAGUAUUGACUGGCCUAGAAUGGAAUUAAUCCUUUUAACUGAGGAGAGGGAUAAGGGUGCUGGAAGAGGGCCCUCUGCCCCCAAGUUUGCUCAUGACUUGAACCCAAGCCAAACUAGGGUGCUGUCUUUAAGGCAUGUUACCUAACCCAAAUCCAGAACCUAGCUGCAGCUCCAACCUAUACUUCGUAUUAGUCUAAAAAUCUAUAUUGUUCCCACAAAAUGUAAAGAUGCUUCAACAUUUGGGCCUCUCAAUCUGAGCCCUCUCUGGCAGAAUUCCUUCCCUUCUGCUCCGGUAUGACAUAAAUUAUUACUUUGUUCAAUUCUCCAGUCUGGACCUGCACCUGAGGCCACACCCGGGCCUACUCACUCCCCUCACCCCUCUUUCCUCUCUCACAGCCCCUUCCAGGGCCAAGCUCAUCUGACCCCACCCCUGAGGAGUCCUACCUGCUGGGUUUUUCAGGAACACACAGACUAUCCCCCCUCCCAGUGAAGGGAGGAGAUAGGAGUUUCAGCCCCACCCUCAGGAAGAUGUGUCUUCCCCCUCCCCUGCUUCUUAGCACUUCCUCUCUGGCUGACUUAGCCGAAGGCACCCGGACCAGGGUCCAGCCCCCUGGAAAUAGGACAGACCUAGGGAAGGCUACACCACUCUGCCCUGUGUCUGGGAUUGGCACCAGCUUCCAACCAGUAGCUGGUAAAGCCUUCCCCUCUUCUCCAGGUGACAUGUUCAUAUCUUUGCUGGCUAUCAUCCUACUGUCAGUGGCACUGGCUGUGGGCCUUCCUGGCAACAGCUUUGUGGUGUGGAGCAUACUGGUAAAGAUGCGGAAGCGCUCUGUCACUGCCCUGCUGGUGCUGAACUUGGCUCUGGCUGACUUGGCUGUGUUGCUCACUGCCCCCUUUUUCCUCCACUUCCUGGCCCAAGGCACCUGGAGUUUUGGACUGGCAGGCUGCCGCCUGUUCCACUACAUCUGUGGAGUCAGCAUGUAUGCCAGUGUCCUGCUGAUCAUGGCUAUGAGUCUGGACCGCUCACUGGCAGUGGCCCGCCCUUUUAUAUCCCAGAAGCUGCGCACCAAGGCGAUUGCCUGCUGGGUGCUGGUAGGCAUCUGGGGGGUGUCCGUUUUGCUGGCCAUACCCGUCAUCGUGUACCGCAAGUUAACCUUGAGACCAAACAACAGGAGCCUGGUCUGCUUCCUGAAGUACCCCAGCGAAGGACACAAGGCUUUUCAUCUGCUCUUCGAGGCCUUCACUGGCUUUCUGCUGCCUUUCCUGGCCGUAGUGGUCAGCUACUCGGACAUUGGGCGCAGGCUGCAGGCCCGGCGCUUCCGCCGCAGCCGCCGCACCGGCCGCCUGGUGGCGCUCAUCAUCCUGGCCUUCGCGGCCUUCUGGCUACCCUACCAUGUGGUGAACCUGGCGCAGGCCGGCCGCUUGCUGGCCGGCAGGACCGCUGAGUCCGGGCCUACCGGGCAUCGGCUGUACCUGGCCCGCCAAGUGCUCAUCGCGCUGGCCUUCCUGAGCAGCAGCGUGAACCCUGUGCUGUACGCGUGCGCUGGCGGUGGCCUGCUGCGCUCAGCCGGCGUGGGCUGGGUUGCCAAGCUGUUGGAGGGCACGGGCUCCGAGGCGUUGAGCACCCGCCACAGGGGCACCGUGGGCCAGACGAUGCGGGAUGUCCGCGCCUGUCCUGAGCCUGGACCCACCGAGAGCCUCGCUGCCUGCACCAACAGUACCGAGUGAAGCAACUGAACUGGGGGCACUAGUGGUGGGGAAGGACUCUCGUUUUCCUCCUGCAGAGCGUCCCCAAGUGGACCUGACCCAAUUCUGUUCCCCAAGGAGGAGCACGGGCCUGGGGGUGGAGAGAAGAGGGAGGGGAGGGGCAAGUAUGGGCAGAGGGGGAGCCUGACUCCCACGCCGCUUUACAAUUAAACCUAAAUCUGAAAUUGGGCCAACCCUGUGUUUGGGGUUGUAUGCAUUGUAUGCAUUAUGGAGGAUAGGGGUGAUCCUGGGAGUCCUUGUAGGGGUCCUUCUCAGUAAUGGAGAGGCACAUCCUUUAAUUUCUCAUCAUUUUCAGUGUGGGGAGGGACCAAAGACAGACAUAGAAACCAGGCAUAGAAAUUCCCUCCCCCUGAGGUAGAAGGUCUGCAGAUCAUACUGUGAACAACACAGGUAUGCAGGCUCCUGAAGGAGCUGACUACAGAAGCACACAGUGCACUCAUCACUUCAGACUCCCCGACUUAGCUGGUCUUCUGCGAAAAUUUAGCACUGCUGUGGGACCUCUGCCCUGAAGCCUGUGGUAGGUAUCAUUGUUGGCAUGACUACAACUACCUGCCAGUAAUCGUCCUCCUGGCGGAAGACAUUUGAGGGGAUUGCCUUCCUCUCCUCCAUCUCCCAAGGAGGCCACACUUGAGAACCAAGUCAUCAGAUUUUACCCUCUAGAAUUCUGCACAUCAGCAUUCCUCCAGCCCGUAAAACAUACUCUGGCACAGGGUGGGGCUGAGGGCCUUCUGUGAUCAUGGUCACCCUUAGGAAGCAAAGAUUCCCAAAAGUGAGAGGGAUGAGUCAUUCUUCCCCAGGGCCGACUAGUCCUAGCCUUGACUGGCUCUGUUCUGACAGCCUUUUAUAGGAAGAUGUAGUAGCAGUGAUAGCAGUGUACUUUUUGCAUCUCUUGCAUAAAAAAAGAAAGAGCAACUAGAAGAAAAACCAAAGAUCCAUGUGCAAAAUCUGCAACAACCUAAGGUGUCAAGAUAUCCCCCAUGGACCCUAAAAUAUGAGUAGGUGGGAAAGAAUCAUGGAUGCUUCAAGACCCACAUAAUAUCAUCAUCUGUGCAGAAAGAUGCAGAAGGAAGCAAGGGGGCAUCUGAGAGACCUGAGACCAGGAGAACCCUGAAACUGUCUACAGGUCCUCACUGGAAAGCAUGGUGGGUCAAUCUGGAAAAGGCAGCUAAAACACAGAGGGACCUAAUAGAUUACUACCCAGGCCUCUCGCUCAUGUUGCAAAGUAAGCAUGUCAUAGGUGCUUAUGUAAGUGUCUGUUGAAUGAAUAAAGAUGAAAUGACAUUUUCCUGGAGAUUCCCUCCAGUAUUUGUGGGUAGGGAGCAGAAAAGGACAUAUCCUU